CCUCUUUUUUCUUCACUCUUCCGCUAAAAAAUUAAAAAUAGCAAAAACAAAAAUCAAUUACUGUAGGUUUGUCAUUUGCCGUUUAUGUUGUCAGAAAAGGGUGUUUCGACCGGGGCAAUCUGGUAAAUCUAACAGUAAACAUAGUUUUGAAGCUUCUCCAUUUUUGUUGAUUAUCUAACACUAACUGGAAGAAUGUGCUGUUAGAAGCACGGUCUUUUGGAAAACCACCGCAAAUCUCCUGCCUUUCCUGCUUGUGUUUGGCAGUAAGAAUCAUUCGUUAUGGCUCUUCUACAAAAAGCAAAGGUGCGCUUGCCGCCGGAAGUCAACAGGAUAUUAUACGUUCGCAAUCUCCCGUACAAGAUAUCUGCGGAAGAUAUGUACGAUAUUUUCGGAAAAUACGGACCGAUCAGGCAGAUACGAGUGGGCAACACUCCAGAAACCCGCGGGACUGCCUUCGUCGUGUAUGAGGAUAUAUUCGAUGCAAAAAACGCGUGUGAUCACCUUUCGGGAUUCAAUGUGUGCAAUCGUUAUCUCGUUGUCCUCUAUUACCAGUCUAAUAAGGCUUUCAAAAAGAUUGAUACGGAAAAGCAAGCUGAACAACUCGAGAAAGUGAAAACCAAAUAUGGUUUGAAAACAGCAGCGUGACGUUUCUUGGGAUGCUUUUAGAGCUUUGUGCACAUCCUUGCUGCUAGAUUCCCCGACAUUUGCAAAUACGCCAUUCCAAAAAUUUAUCGAAUGGUGGUGUUCAAUUUGUUUCCAAAAUCCAAAUAAUGUAUUGCAUGUUACGCGCUCGGCGCUACUGGGAAUAUCUGAUGAACCUGUCAAUUUCUGUACUCGUUGUGAGAAUAUCAGCUGUGGUGUUCGCCUUCAAGGAAAAGUGCGAAUACUAGCUUUAAUAAAGUACGUUAUUUUAUUGUAAA